AUGGUGACCAGCACCUAUUUUACUCGCGAUACACCUGCGCCCGAUCUGGGCAAGCCACAAUUAGCGUCGCACGCAUGGCUUGAGCCUAUCGUGGUUGUAGGUAUUAUGGUUGGGUCGUUGAUUGUGAAUCGUCGCAGAGACUCCAGCAAGAGCGCCAGUGAAUCUCAAUACUUAGGAAACUACGCCAUUCUGGAGGAGGGCGACGCUCAUCUCGACGACGAUAUACAACACAAGUCAGAAACCGUAUGCGGGAUCAAUAUCAAGACGGGAGACUCUUCUCGCUGGGCGCACCACAUUCACAGUCGAGUCCUGCAGAAACUUCCCUUCUUGGUCGAGAUGUUCUACUGGAGUAUGAACUAUCUGUUCUAUUCCGUGACGAAAGCGACGGCCCAGUGGCUCUCUCCCGCCGAUAUAGGCGUUGUUGAGAUAGCGCGAGGCCAUGCCAUCGACGUUCUCGACUUCGAACAUAAAACCGCUUCUUGGAUAUUCCCGAUCAACGAAGCCGAUUUUCAAUCCUACUUUAUUCAAAAUCACCCGUCGAUGUUGACUAUGUUCAAUCGCAUUUAUUCAUUAAUCCAUAUUCCCGGGACAGUGCUGUUCCUCUCUUGGUACUACUAUGUCGCCAGGAACCAUGCAUCAUUCGCCGUCGCACGACGGACAAUGACUCUUGGAAACCUCGCCGCCUUCUUGGUCUUCUGCGUCUACCCACUCAUGCCACCACGCCUGCUUCCCGACUCGUAUGGCUUCUACGACACCGUCCGCCAAGGCAACGCCGAGAGCAUCUGGGUUGGCGGGAAAUCCGUGAACCAAUUCGCGGCCAUGCCCAGUCUGCACUUCACCUAUGCCUUUGUGAUCGGGUGCACCUUCCUCCACCACUCCGGAUUCCUGCAAAGACUCCAACGCAAACCAACAAACAAGUCCUCCCUGACUGAAUUUGGCUUUUUGGCACUCGCUAUAGUCUACCCGAUUCUCGUCCUCAGUGUUAUCGUUGCUACCGCAAAUCACUACUGGCUCGAUGCUGUUGUGGCGAUUUUUACGGUUACCCUCUCCUACCGCUUCAACAAAGUUCUUAUCUUGCUACUUCCGCUCGAAUAUGCACUUUGUUGGUGUUUGCGGCUGGCAAAGCCCGUGCCUACCACCGGUGACAGAGCUGCGAGGAGAUGA